AGGUAACAAUUAUUGUUAUUUAUACAAUUAUACAAUACGUAUAUAAUUAAAGAUGUGUAGUUGUAGGGGAAACAUAUUUAUAGAGUGUAUGAUUUAAUUUUUUUUCAUUCUAUAGUAAGUAUUGGUAUUAGGAGAAGUCACUAAAAAUAUGUUUUUAAAAACACUAUGUUUCAUAAUGUUUUUAACUGUUUCUAAAAUACAUUUGUCUAAACCGAAUGAUUCUACUAGUGCAGUAUCAUUUGACAGAUUAGAAUUGCAAACAAAAAAAGAUAAACUAUUGCACGAGACAGAAUGGAUAGAAGAAUGUAAAUGUGUUAUGGUAUCUGAAUGUUCAUCUGAUGAAAAUGAUGCAUCCAUAGACAUUAGAAUAAUCACAAAACCAGAUAAAUGCCCAACUGGAAAAGUGUAUUGUUGUUCUGACCCAUCGUUGGAAAACCCAUUAAUAAUGUGUGGUAAGGUAACAUCGCAGAACAUUGAUGGGAUCAAAAUCAACCCGGAUCAGGCUAAAUUUGGAGAAUUUCCCUGGCAAGCAUUAAUUUUAACAAAUGGAAAUUCAUUCGUGUCAAAUGGAGCGUUGAUAGACAAUAAACAUAUACUAUCUACUGCUCACUUUUUGACUAGUUUCUCAAAGAACUUCAGUACGCUGAAAGUACGGUUGGGUGACUGGGACAUCUACAGAGACGUGGAGCCCCGGCCGCACGUUGAAAGGCCCGUGGCCAGCAUCGCGAUCCACCCCGAGUAUUCGUCGUCCAACAUGCACAAUGACAUCGCGGUGAUCACACUGUCUGGCGCUCCGGUGCCGGUAACCGAUCACGUGGGCCCUGUGUGUUUGCCGCCGAGAUCGCCGCCAGACGCCGUGUCACCCCGUCGCCAGUGGACCGGUUGCCGGGUGUCCGGGUGGGGUGCGGAGAGCUUCGACCGGCCGCGGUACCCGGGCGUGCUCAAGAAGGUACCGGUACCGCUGUGGGACCUUCAACGGUGCGUCGAGAGUCUGAGGACCACGAGACUCGGCGCCACGUUCAAGCUGCACGCGGGGUUCUUGUGCGCGGGUGGUGAGGAGAAUGAAGAUGCCUGCAAGGGUGAUGGAGGUUCGCCUUUAGUGUGUGAAUAUGAUUCAGUUUCACAUCUCAUUGGUCUCGUAUCUUGGGGAAUUGGAUGCGGAACUCCUUCAAUACCCGGUGUUUACAUUGAUGUCAGCACUUAUAUAACUUGGAUUGAAAAACAAUUAUAAAAUUAAGAAAUUCGAAUUUUGUUUUAAUAAAUAUUAUUUUAUUUGAUCUGGUAAGGCAAGAUCUAGAUCCUAACCUACCCUAGGGCCGGAGUGAAGUUGUUUGUGCUAUUUCAUCUAUAUUUUUAAAAAUAAAAAAUAUAUUAAUUUAAUCGUUUAUAAUAUCUUAAUAUACCUCGGUACCUAUAUUGACUUGAUUAAUUUAAUUUCCACCUUAACGAAGUGUUGAAACUAAUUGUAUAACAGUUCAUAUAGGAUCCAAAUAACAAAAUAAACCAUAAAAUCAAGUAU